AUGUUGAGUGUUUAUUGGUUACCAGUAUCAGAGUCGUUGCCGGAAGGGGGUCGUGUGCAGUCGACGAGCCUGUUCACUCGCAACAACAGUCAGUCGUCCGGUGAGAUCCUGCGCAAGUACCUGCUGGGGGGCGUGGCCUGGAGGUGCCUGGCGCUGCUCAAGGCACUCGGUGUUGAGGGGUUGUCGUGCUGCCGCCAGCUGAGCUCGGUGCUGGUGUGGCUGUUCGGGGAGUUGUGCACCGCCCCGCCCCGCCCCGCCCCCGUCCUCUCUGCCCCCGUCCCCGCCCCCGCCACAGCGGCCCCGCCCCCGCGCCCCGCGCCGCGCCGCACGCCCAUACACCAGCUGUUCUCCAUCAGGUCAAGAUAUAGCGGUCAGACUAAGACAGAUAUCUCAGGAAAGUCACGGAGAAAUCCAAUGAACGACUUGUCGUCAGAAUCCUGCGACUCUGACGAUGAUCUGCAAGUUCUAAAUAAGUCCAUGACGAUAAAAGUGGCCAGCCCCAAAGGAGACUUCGACUAUUUUAACUCCCCGUUGCGAUCGUCCAACGACUACGCGAACACAUACUACGAUCCAUAUCAUACGCCGCGCAAGCCGAAGCCCAAGGCGGACGACUACAUGACCGAUAAACACAGGGAAAUUAUUAAUUCAGAAAUAUCAUCUUUCGAAUUUAUUUUAAUGAUAACGGACCUCCUGCAGGAACUCUGUAAGGCCGAAAGUAGCCUGUCCGGCUCCGAGGGAUCGCAGAUAUCCGUACAGUGUAUAAACUUUUCUCUUCGAAAUUUGUGUUCGUUGCAAUUCGGUUCGGUGCCGGGUCCCGGCGACCGGCCCGAUACUCAGGAAGUGGCCCGCAUCAAAGUGGCCCUCACCGAACUGCUCAUAGUGUCCCUAGACAGAGUACUCGUCCAUUCCGAUCUGUGCGCCAAAUUAAUAAACAACGGGAUCAUGCCGAUGCUUCUGCGGCUCCUCGAGGACGUCGUCUGCAAGAUUGGCACCGAAUUUCAAACUAAAAACGAUACCCAGAAGCGGACCAAAGAAACCGAACCGCUGAGCGAGACCGAAUCCGAAAAUCUGCUCAAAUUCGUUUUCGGCGUCGCGUACUCGAUAACGGCGUUCUUCCACUGUCUGCUGAUGCAGUGCAGAAGCGUGGAGAAACUCCGAGAAUUCACGGAACAGUUCAAACUUUACGGCGAAUGUUCGAAAGGAGGUCUCCUGAAAGACUGCAUCGAGCUCAUGAUCAGAAUACCCGGGGGGCGUCGGGAGGAAACGGUGGUGUUAAUAAAGAAACUCAUCGAAUCCAUAGGCAAACUCGUGAGCGGCAUGAAGCGAGUGAGGAGCGAAGUGAUCCACUCGGCCGCGUGCCCGAGAACGAGACACAAGAUGUGUCGACAGCGAGUGGCCGCGGGCAUGCAUCACCACCACGACGUGCUGGGGGACGCCGUCGCCCGCCUGCCCGGGGGCAACGCCUGCUGCAUAUCGCUGCUGUACGGGACGCUCGCCUCGCUCGUGGCGGACGAGGAAGUGGCCGCGCAGCUCGUGCUCCGGAACAAGAUCCUGAAGGUGAUGGUCGGCUGCGGAGUGUGCUGCUGCUUCCCCCCCGGCGCCCUCAUGGAGAGCAUCGUGCGGCUGAUGCUCACGCACGCGGGCGUCGCGGCCGCGGGGCUGCAGCUGCUGGAGCACGCCGUGUACGGGGAGCUGGGCGCCGGCGUGCUGUUGCCCAAAGCGACGGACCAGUUGCCGUGCUCCGUUUGCGAGCCGGGCGCCGAGGCGCGGAGGGAACCGCUCAAGUCGGCGGCGAAGUGCUCGCACGUCGGUCCGAUCGAGAGGAAGAGCACGUGGUCGUUUCUCAUCCAUUACAAUUCUCUGCUUCAACUGGACAACCACAGUGGCGUGUUGCACGCGACCGUCGAUCACCUGCUGCGGGUCACGCCGAAGUGCCGCACGGAGAUGAAGCACGAGCUGCUCUUCAGCGUCAUAUAUCCGACCUUCAUAGUCGCCAAGCACCGCUACAUGAUAAGGCUGGAGGAGACCGCCUACUUUCUGACCGUCUCCUGUCUUAACAUAUUCGCGAGUCUCCUGAACGCGGUCUCCUUCGCCGAACAAUUCAUACAAAAAGGCGGCCUCAGCUACGUCCUCGAAUUGGUUUCGCUACCGGAAUUCGCGCCUCAGUGUUGCUCCAUCUUGGAGAUAGCUAUCGUCGUCGAGAUAUUUAAACUGAUGAAAGAGAACUCGGAGCUUUCUUACUACAGAGAAGUAAGCUCGCUCGCGUCCGUCCGGAUGCUGUUCAAGACUCUAUCGGACAUGACGGAGAAAUUCCACAAGAUCUACAGACUGAAGUUGCCGGAGGAGGAAUUCGAGGAGUUGAUCGAUCUCAGCAAAGAGAGGGACAUGUUGGGUUACCCUUCCGACGCGGAGGAGACCUCGCAGAGGAAGAUGUCCGCUCCGAUGGAUAUAAAAUCUAAUUUGGCACCUAGCGAUUACGUGGUCGAGGAGUCAGUGGAGGAUCACAUGGACGUGUUGAAGAACGUGUGUACGUUUUGGAAGAGUUGUGCUGGUUUGUGCGUGCAGGCACCGCUGUUCCGCGCGCACGUGGCCUCCGCGCCCGCCUUGCUGGACUCGUACUCGAUACUGAAGGUGGCCCUGAGGCAACUGAGCGGGUCUCCCUGCACAGACACUGAAACUAGGCUCCUCAUCAAACUGCUGGAGGCACUCCUCACGAUCCAGUUUGCUGUAUCUGGUGAGUGCACUCUUCAUGAUUAUCAAAUUAUUUUUAUAUGUUUCGUUUGUAACUUACAAAAUAUAUUAUUCCGCAAGUAACAACCAACAUAACCCUUCGAUCUUGUAUCACCAUCUGGAUUUAUGCAUGAAUUUUUAUUUUUUUUCCUCCUGUCGCAUACUGCUUAUAAUAAUAAUGUCAACAUCGUUUUAAUUAAAUCAAAAUUUUACAAUUGAGAUACGAGGGCG